AUGAUUAAUCACAAAAUUAAGCACUACCCAAUGAAUUCACAGCCUGUCCCAAGACCAGAGGAUUUUAUUAGUCCAUAUUUUGUGGAAUUUUUGGAAUUUAUUUCACGCAUAUAUUUAGAUUGAAAUGAAAAAUACGAGCCAAGAAGGUUUCUCAGAAAAACAAAAUCAAUUUCUAAGCAAGCUUUUCCCAUAAAUUAUGAUUAUAUUAAUUGGAUGGCAUUUUGAAGAGGAAUAUCGUAUCUCUAUAGGAUGAGUUUAAAAAAAUCACUGCCAUUUCUAAAAUCUAGCGAAAUUUAUUUUCAAAAUACUGAUCAAUUAUCAUAUUUAGCUCUUUCUGAGUAUCUAUUAGGAUAUUUGCAAAUGGUAAAAAUAAAAACUGAAAAAGGCCGUUCUUAUUUAAAAAAAAGCAAGAAAAUAUGUAAAGACCUAGGAAUUUGAUCUUUACUGGAUAAAAUUUAUUUUAUUCUUGGGUAUGUCGCUAUGUUUCAAUUCGUUUUUGACAUUGCAGGAAAAUAUUUGAAAAAGGGCAAACUGAUAUCAAAAGGAUCUGGAAAGCAUUAUGAUAUUGCUCUCUUAAAGCUAGAUAUUUGAAAAGGUAAUUUGGUAAGUCCAUUUGAUUAUGUUGAAAAAAUUAAAGGAGGUUUGGAUAUUUUCCCUGUUCAAAAUCGAUUACUAGGAUGACUGUAUGCAGAAAUGGGAUGCAUAUACUUUUUUCUGGGAUCUUUCAAUCAGGCUAAGAUAAGGAUCCCCCCCUCAUUUGUCCAAUUUUCUAGUCUUUUUUUUCUAACUCCCCCCCCCCCUCCGUGAGCGAACAAAACCAUUAGAAAAAUCGCCAUUUUUUGACCAAAAACCCACCCUCCGUGAGUGAACAAAAAUUUUUUUAAUAUAAUGGAAAAAAAUUUUGAUAUAUAAGUGAUAAUUAGUAUAAUGAAAUCUAGAGCUAAUUCUGUUUAAUUUUAAACAAAUUGCGUUUUAAAACAUAAAUUUUGCAAAUUAAAUUAAUAUUUGCUUCCCAAUUUUUGCAAAUUAGGAUUUUUUUAAAUUUCGAAAAAAAUAUUUUUUAUAAAAUUUUAUAUAUAAAUUUUUUUUAAAAAAAAAAUUAACCCCCCUCCGUGAGCGAACAAAAUUUUUUUGUUCGCUCACGGAGGGGGGGGGGGAGUAAGAAAAAAAAAAUUUUCAGGACCUCAUUUGUCCAAAAAUCUAGUCAAAAAUGAUUUGUCCUAUUUUCUAGUCUUUUUUGGAUUUUUUCGAAUGUCCUAAAUUUUAGUUUUUUACUUUAAAAAACUAGAAAAUGAGACAAUUGAGAUCCUGAAAAUUUUUUUUUUACUAUCAAAAUUUUUGACUAGAAAAUUGGACAAAUGAGGUCCUAACUCCCCCCCCCCCCCUCCGUGAGCGAACAAAAAAAUUUUGUUCGCUCACGGAGGGGGGUUAAUUUUUUUUUUUUUAAAAAAAAUUUAUAUAUAAAUUUUAUAAAAAAUAUUUUUUUCGAAAUUUAAAAAAAAUCCUAAUUUGCAAAAAUUGGGAAGCAAAUAUUAAUUUAAUUUGCAAAAUUUAUGUUUUAAAAACGCAAUUUGUUUAAAAUUAAACAGAAUUAGCUCUAGAUUUCAUUAUACUAAUUAUCACUUAUAUAUCAAAAUUUUUUUCCAUUAAAAUUUUUUCUAUUAAAAAAAUUUUUGUUCACUCACGGAGGGUGGGUUUUUGGUCAAAAAAUGGCGAUUUUUCUAAUGGUUUUGUUCGCUCACGGAGGGGGGGGGGGGAGUAAACAAAUUUUUUUUCCUAUAAAAAAAAACUAGAAAAAUGGACAAAUGAGAAAAAAGACUAGAAAAUUGGACAAAUGAGGGGGGGAUCCUUUAUAUUUUGAUAAAGUCAAACUCACAACACUAAAAUCAUCUGAUGUGAUUAGCUUCAUAGCUAUCGCAGUGUCAGCGAUGAUAUAUUAUUCAUACAAUUUGAAACAAAAGAAGUUGAAGAGGUCCUAG